GAGAGCAAGAGAGAGAGAGCGAGCAAGCAAGAGAGAGAGAGCAAGCAAGAGAGAGAGAGCGAGCAAGAGAGAGCGAGCGAGCAAGAGAGAGAGAGAGAGAGAGCAAGCGAGAGAGAGCGAGCAAGAGAGAGAGAGAAAGCGGGAGGCUAAAUGAGAGAAAGAGAGAGACGUAGCGACAGAUAAAGUGCGUGAGGGAGAGAGGAAACAGGAAAGAGGGAGAGAAAACUGAUUAAGUGAGUGUAACCAACGAGAGAGAUGGGGGAGCAAAUAAGAGUGUAAGCGUGAGAGAGCGAGAGAGAGAAUCAAAGAGAGGAACAGAAAGACGACAAGCAAGAGGAGCAGUGAGGAAGGAGGGUAUGAACCAUGAGUCCAAGUCUCCAUCAUUAGGAAUGAUCUCCACAGCAACCCGCACCACGGCAACCGUCAGCCCCCUCAGCCCACUGACCAAUGGGAACACAGCUGCCCAGUCUGCGAAUUCUGGAUUUGCUGCCGCCCUCCGUAAACUGGCCAAACAGGCUGAGGAGCCAAGAGGUUCCUCACUGAGCAGGGAGUCGUCUCCGGUCUCAUCUCCAGCCACCAGCCACAGCUCACCGGUCACAACCCCAAAGCGAGGCUCUUUAGGGCCCCUCCUGGGCCAGGCCAGGGGCCACGGGGUCCCCAACACCCCCCCAGUAGUCACCAUUGCCCCUACCAAGACCAGCAACGGCCUCUGGAGGGCCGGGGGACGGCAGGCUGACUCGGGUGUACAGGGGAUCAGCAGGGAGCGUGCGAGUGCCGAGACCAUCCAGGCCCAGCAGGAUAAAGGGACUCCCCCAAUUCCCUCACCUCACCCACUGGCUCACACCUUUGGCCUCACCCCCAGCACUGUCAUGCAAGACCCCAGAAUACAGAGCCUUAGCCUACCUGGGCAGAUGCAUCCCGUUGUCCCCUCGGGAGCUGUCCCAGAGGAGUACCUGAGAGGUCUCCAACGGUUUUCCACCUCGGACGACCUUCGUCUGACCUCUCUACCCCUUGGGCUGGACCCCGCUACUGCUGCUCAUGCUGCUGCCGCCGCUUACUACCACCCUGCCUACCUGCACCACCCACUUACCUUACAAAGGAUGGAGGAAUCGCUGUGUCUCUCUGCGCUACGGUCACAGUUCUACUCCAUGCCUGUAGGGGGCACAUUCCCUUCCCUCCACCCCUCUGCCCUCCACUUGCACCUGCCUGGAGCCCGCUACCCUGGGGACUUAAACCACACAGUGCUGGCAGAGAGGCUACAGAUGGAGAACGAGCUCCGCCAGCGAGAGAGAGAGCAAGAACGUGAACGAGAGAAAGAGAGGGAGCGAGAGGUGGGGCUGGAGCGGGAGAGAGCGAGGGAGGAGGAGAGAGAGAGGGAGCGGGAGAGAGAGCUGGACAGGCAGAAGGAGAGGCAGAGGGAGCGACAGCAGCAGAUGGCCCGAGCGGCGGAGAGCCAGUACCUGGCUGAGCUGCAGGCUCGGAGGGCACCACCAGAGGACAGGGCCAGGCCAGGAGAGAGGCUGACCCCAAACAGACAGGAUAAACCCAAGGAGUCAGACCACCCAGGUCUUCCAGCACCUAAGCCUCUCUCCCUGCAGCCUUGUCUCCACCCUUCCAUGGGCUCCGUCCCCCACACGCUGCCCAGCCUGGUGCCCUCUCACCUGGGGAAGCACCACGUGCCUGCCACCAGUGGGAUCCAUGCGGCACCAGCAGCUGCCAUGAUGGCUCAGAGAGCCGGCGAGGAUGUGUGGGUAGCGCGGCAGCGGAGGCAGGCGCUGGAGAGGGACGGGUCACUGGAGCUAGGCCUGAGGUCGCCAGGGAAAGGAGUGGAGCCAAGAAGAGACGGACACAGGACCAACUCAGUUCAACACAGUUCAAGUAACAGAGACCUAGCACCUCACCUCGGUGCCCCACCUCCCCUAAUCUCCCCAAGAGCUCCCCCUCACCUCCCUCCCCCUCCAACUACUCUCUGGAAUCCAGCCUCCCUCAUCGACAGCCCUACAAACUCCCACCGCAGAUUCAACCCUCCCACUCCUCCGAGCCGCCCCCCGCCAAGCCUGACCAGAGCUGACAGGACGCCCAGCUGGGGAGAGAAGCCGGAGGACAACGGCAGGAGGCGUGGAGAUGGCACAGAGAGGUGCCACUCUGCCAGGGGAUCCGGCAUGCCGGGGUCAGGGUUCUGGUGCAAAGCUGAGCAGGAGAGACCCAUUCACCACCUCUGUCACCAGCCCCUCAGCGGCAAACCCUAUCACAGGUCCCCUGUGACUUUGUCUCACCCCACUGCCUGCACCGAGUCAGGGAGGGAACGGCAGGAUCAGGCGGCCAAUAGCAUGCUGGUCUAUGACGAGGUCCUGCAGCAGCGCCGCUGGCUUCUCAGUAAGCUGGACCUGGAGGAGAAGAGAAGGAGGGAGGCCAGAGAGGGAGGUUAUUACUACGACCAGAAUGAGUCAUAUGAUGAGAGCGAUGAGGAGGAGGUCAAAGCCCAUCUGAGGAGAGUGACAGAGCAGCCUCCACUCAAAUUGGACACCUCCUCUGAGAAAGUGGAGUUCUUGCGUUUGUUUGGCCUGACAACGCUGGCCCACCGCGACGAGCUGGUGGAGCAGAAGCAGAGGAAGAGACGGAGGAUGCUGAGGGAGCGCAGCCUCUCCCCGCCAGACACGCGUGGCAAGAGGAAGGCACCCUCGCCCCCCACCCCUCAGCCCUCCCUCACCACCCCCUACACCUCUCAGGAGAUGGACAGCACCCCUGAGCUGGAGGGCAAGAAAGACUUCCUGCGCAUGUUCAGCCUCUCCCACGUCACGCCGCAGCAGAGGAGAGAUAAACUGAGGACAGAGGAGCUGCUGAGAGCAAUACAGAGGAAGACUGUGACUUUAGACACGCUCAGAUAUAACCCGUUACCUCCGUGCAGCAGUCCUCCUGCUCCCUCCCGCGGUGACUCCUCAUCAGCCCACCUACCAUGUCAGUCAAAUGGACAACAAUACCCAGAUUCCCCCAGUCCUUCCCCUCCCUACGCCCACCCCCCUAACAACCUCAAUCCAGACCCAUUCAAGCCCCCUGUUGACACCCCAGUGCCCCGCAUCCCUCCACCUUUAGCCCCCCAUCCUGAAAAGACCGGCUUCUUGGAUGGUCAACCUACCAAAAAGCUUCAGAGCCUCCAGAAUGGCACAGUCACCUCUGCGCAGAGGAAGGAGCUGGGGCAGAACGGACGGAAUCGGCCCUGGGAGAGAUUCACGCCAGAGGCCUUUGCUCAGCACUUCCACCAGUCUGUGCUGACGUCCACACACAACACACUUCAGAGCAAAGGAGUCUCAAAUUGCAUCCCUGAUGCCAAGCUGAAGGCAGACUAUUCACUGCCUCUGAACAAUUCUGCACUCAAAAGAACAAACACCAACCACAUGCAUCGGCAUACACAUGUCAACGGCCAUCACCUCCAUUCCCCUUCGUCUACGAGAGCUACGCCAGGGUCACAGAAUCACCUGUCUGAGGAAGAAGAGGAGGAGUCUGGACAGGAGGAGGAGGAAGAGGAAGAGGAGGGAGCGAUGGGGGAAGCUCCUCGGAAGUGGCAGGGAAUCGAGGCCGUCUUCGAGGCCUACCAGGAGUACAUGGAAGAAUUCUGCAUAGAGAGACAAGUUCUUCAGAGUCAGUGCAAGAGGCUUGAAGCACAAAACUACACACUCAGCAGGACUGCAGAACAGCUCUCUCUCAGUAUGGGGGAGUUGGUGAGUCAGAAGCAGAAGGUGAGAGAGGAGAGGGAGAGACUGCAGGCGCAGCUGGAGCACUUCAGGAGGUGUUUGACGCUUCCCAGCAUCUACCUGGGCAGGGGACAGGCCAACGGUCACACCCUCAGGUGACCCCUGCACUUUGGUGUCCCCCCCUGCACCGUGAGAAAGCAGUAACAGGGGCAAGAGAGACUGGAAUUAGACCUGUGUUUGUACUUAAAGCACUUGAAGCAGCCAGCCCUUGUCUCGUCAUCUUGUUGGCCAAGCAGCGCCGCUACCCGACUAGCCCAGCUUCCAUUGAUGGCCAUCCGUCUUUGCCAUGGAAACAUUAAUCCAUAGUGACCACAUAGUCUGUGUAUUCUGAUUCUCUAAUGCUCACCUCAUUGCUGUUGGAAUUUGAGCCACACUGUGUCGAUAAUAUACUAUCUUUGUCGAAAUAAUGCAAACCCCUCCUACUUAGUGCCGUUGUCGGCUUUAAGCAGCUUAAAUUGUGUCGUAUCCAUUUUGCAUAGGCUGCAUCAGUACAGUCUCAUCAGAGGUUUCACUAAGUGACUUGGCACAAACCUGCGGUCUCUGCGGACUGAAGCGGAAGGAGACUAACUUUGCAAUAGUCCCUGGGUUAACACACAGAAUGAUAAAUGAGUGAAGGAAUCAAAGUACACCUCAGGCCUUAAACUUGAUGCAUUUGAACUGGAGCUGAAGGAGGUGCUCGGCUUCCCUUUGAGCAGCAGCACAUUACAACACCCGGCAAGUGCUGGCGUUGUCAGACCCGGCGGUCUGCACUGCGGCUGUGUCCUCGGUAAUAUCAGAUGAAAAGAAGGAAACAUCUAAGAUAAUAUCUAUAAAAUAGUGAAAUGGUAUCAGUUUUGUUUGGCUCUUAUAAAUUUUCCAUUGCUUAUGUCAGUUGUGAUUUACAAAGAAUUUUGUAUGCUCUGUUGUUUUUUUGUACUGUUAGUGGGAAGCCAUAUGUUUAGUUUGAAACACUGCUGGUCAGAAUAUAACGUUAUGCGUAAGUGAGGGAUGCCAGGGAAGUGGCUCUAAACAUAUUUUAUGUUGUUUGAAAACUGUUUCGGGCGGGGUGGAGGAUGCACUGGAGGGGGAGAACAUGGGCAGUUUCAUUCCCAUUGAAUUACAACGACCAUCGACCCAACAUAACGUGGCCCCAGGUAUGCCUGUAAACGUUGGCGAUGCUUGGUGAUCUCGGUUACGGUGUUUGUACGUUACUCUGCGGCUCCUUCGUUGCUGAACAGAGGGGCGGGGAACCUCCUAUGUCUUUUUACAGGUGACGACUCUAGUAUAUGCAAGUUGAACAUGGCCUCACUAUAUAUGUGUGCUUGAGCACAUCGAGCAUCCUUAGUGGGGUUUUUAAAAGUUUGUUUUUCUCCGUCAAGCCAAUCAAAUGAAUCUCUCUAAUGGACAACAUUCAAUAUGAAAUUGUUUGCUUUGCCAGUGAAUAUGAUGCUCCCAGAGUCAUGUUCGUGGAGGCGGGAGCAAAGACAUGACGUCUGCAGCCGCUAUCCUCCACUGUCAGCAUGCAUCCCUCCUCACCGCAUCAUCUGUCCAGUCUCCUUUAUCAACAUGCUGUGAAACCAUCCCUCUUUUUCUCUCAAUCAAAUGUAAUGUAAUAUAUUAUUUCGGGUGUAAUAUUAUAAUUUACUAUUUAUUAACAUUUAUUGCUGUACAUUUUGAUGGAGAUUUUCAUUAAAAUGUUUG